GGAAAUAUUUUACAAAUGGAUAUUAAAAAUAUCAUCAAGUCUCUGACCAUGCUAGCAGAAGAGUAUGGCCCUGUAUUCACUGUGUAUCUGGGCAUGAAGCCCACAGUGGUGCUGCAUGGAUACCAAGUAUUGAAGGAAGCUCUGAUUGACCGGGGAGAUGAGUUUUCUGGCAAAAUGCAAUCAUCAUUACCCAGUAAAGCCAACCAAGGAUUAGGAAUUGUUUUCAGCAAUGGAGAAAUAUGGAAGCAAACACAGCGUUUCUCUCUCACAGUCUUACGGUCUAUGGGGAUGGGAAAGAAAACUAUUGAAGACCGAAUUAAGCAGGAAGCACUUUGUCUGGUGAAAGCAUUGAGAAAAACCAAUGGAUCUCCCUGUGACCCAAACUUCCUUCUGGCCUGUGUUCCCUGCAAUGUGAUCUCCGCUGUCAUUUUCCAGCGUCAUUUUGACUACAAUGAUGACACUUUCAGAGGCUUCAUGAAGAAUUUUCAAAGAAAUAUUGAAAUUUUAAAUUCUCCUUGGGUCCAGCUGUGCAGUGCAUACCCUGUUUUAUACCGUCUCCCAGGAAUCCAUAAUGAAUACUUUAAAAUUUGUACUGAAAUAAAAGAGUUCAUUUUGAAGGAAAUAAAAAGGCAUCAAGAAUCGCUGGACAUAAGUAGCCCUCAUGACUUUAUUGACCACUUCCUGAUUAAAAUGGAAAAGGAAAAACACAAUCAAAAUUCUGAAUUUACCAUGGAAAACCUGGCCAUCAUCAUAUUUGAUCUAUUUUCUGCGGGAACAGAGACAAUGAGUACCACAAUGAAAUAUGGGCUUUUGUUCCUGCUGAAGCACCCAGAGGUCACAGCUAAAAUUCAGGAAGAAAUUGAACAAGUGAUUGGCAGACAUCGGAGCCCCUGCAUGCAGGACAAGAACCACAUGCCCUACACAAAUGCUGUGCUGCAUGAGAUUCAGAGAUGCAUUGAUCUUGUUCCCAUUCCCUUGCCUCGUGAAACAACACAGGAUGUGGAGUUCAGAGGAUACCACAUUCCCAAGGGUACAAGUGUAAUGGCAUGUCUGACUUCUGCCCUGAAUGAUAACAAAGAAUUUCCCCACCCAGAGAAGUUUGACCCUGGCCACUUUCUAGAUGAGAGAGGCAACUUCAAGAAGAGUGACUACUUCAUGGCUUUCUCAGCAGGAAGAAGAGCUUGUAUUGGAGAAGGUCUGGCCCACAUGGAAUUGUUUUUAAUGUUGACCAACAUUUUACAGCAUUUUAUUUUAAAACCUCUGGUCAAUCCAGAGGACAUUGAUACCACCCCAGUUCAAACUGGCCUGUUGUCUUUGCCUCCAUCCUAUGAGAUUUGUUUCAUUCCAGUCUGAAGUUGGGUAGUCUUUCUCAUGGAUGACUGAGACCCUGCUUCUAUUUGUGAGCAAACAGGUCUUUCCUGUUCUAUAUACCUGUAUCUUGCAAUCCUUCUUGAUGGCAGAACUGCUAUCUCUGAACUACACUAAAAUUUUCUCAAUUUUUAGGAACCAGUUCCAAUUUUCAAAUAUUAAAAACCCUCAUUGAUUCAGCACUAAUAAAA